AUGGCGGGCGGAUCUGUUUUCCAAGUGGGCAAGGAUGUCGAGUUGUACCAAGUCGUGGUGGUUCUGAACGCGUUGGCGAUAUGCUUACUGAUAUUCGAGGCUGCAUUGCACCACUUAGAACACCACGUACUGGCGCACAAUGACAAGUACCAGCACAUGCUUAAAAAAGUGUAUCGUGAGCUGAUGAUCCUGGGACUAAUCAGCUUCAUCAUCAAAAUACUGACCGAAGUGGGAGGUAUCGACGGCUACAGCGGCAUCAUGUUGGCGCUCCAAGUGUCUGACCUCAUCAUCUUCAUCCUGGCGAUCACUCUCGUCCUGCAAGCUAUCAACGUGUUGCUACUUUUGCGUGGCUACAACAAGCGAACGGAUCGAGCUGAGCUCAUCACAACCCAAGACUUAGUCGACGGUUUAGAUAAACCAUCAAAGGAGAAUUUGUUCAAGAAGGACGUCGUGAAGCACCGAAUACUGCGGCAUCUCUUCCUUCGUCGAUUCGGUCUCCCCCAGCUCUUCCCCUUUUCCAAGUAUCUUCGACGUGCACAGGCGAACAACAUUGUGCACAUGAUAGAAGUCGAGCCAUCAAUGUGGCUGUUACUGCUCGGAAUGGCAUGGGCGUUCUCCGCCGUCGUCCAAAUCCUCGAAGACUAUGACGUGGAGGUGCGCUACGAACUCAUUGAAACGCUCAUGGCGUUUGCUUGGGUUUUGGUGCUGUUUCACAUCCUAGUGAUGCUCUACUUCCGUUUCUGCGUGCAUCGGUUGUUGGCCAUUGCCGGGUACAAUAAGGACAAACGUGCCCUGGCGGACAGUCUCAAUACCGUCGCUGACGAAGAGGCCAAUGCGUGGCACAAUGAAGCUGCAGAGAGCGCGUUAGACAUGAUGAACCGAAUCCACGCUCAACAUGAAGAAAUGGAGCACGAACGCAAGGCGCAACGACGAGGUUUACUCAUGGGAGACGAAGGAUUUCAGCUCGUUGCUACGUUCUUUCGGAAC